AUGAGCGAAAAGAAGGAAGGCGCCUUGCCCGACGAGGUGAAGGAGCUGCUGGAGUGUCUAAAGGAGGGGAGCCCAAAAUUUCAGCAGCACCUAGCGCAGCUGAAGGAGUAUCUGCAGAAGGACCGAAUAGCAAACACGAACGGGUUAGUGGAGUAUAUUCUGCAGAACAUACACGCACGGGAUUUUCAAAGAAACGCAUGCUUCUUCCUAGCAGAUGUAGUAGUGUACAUACAGAGCGUAAAUAAAAUUCCAAAGAAAUAUGAGCUGGACUGCGUAGACGCAGGGCUGACGUUACACAAUCACGAGGAGAGACAAAUAUGGGUCGAUGAGAGUUACAACGAGGUGUACCCUCACUAUAGAAUACUCAUUCAGGAUGAUAAGUUAAGAAGAUUCAACACGAAAGAUUAUAGAAAGGAUCUCAUAAGGACAUGCACGAAGAAUGUAAAUUACUUGCAAAUCAUGUACGUGCUUAGUAGGAAUGUAUCCCCACGAAAUGGCUACGUCUUGUUUAAUAACAUUUUGCAUAAAUCCGAAAUAAGCUAUCGGUAUAAGUUACUCUCCUUGGAGUACUUUGCUCAUGCAGUUAACAAAAUAGCCCUAGAAAGGGCAAAAUAUAUCGCCCAGAUGCUCCCCCUGGUGUUGGGGAAAUUCUACAGCCUAGAGGGAAAACCAUACUGCAAUGAUAAUGUAACCAGCAUAGAUGUGCUCAUCUCCAUGUGUAAAUUUGCUACUGUCCUGUGUGAUGAAUCGAUAAAGACGCAGGAGGAUGACAAGCAGGACGUGGCUCUACACUCCAUCAUAGCAUUCAUUAUGAAAGUCAUAAGCUACCAUCAUGCGGAACUGCCAAUCAAUAAAAACAUCGAGAGGAUGAUAAGAUACAUUCAUUACGACCAUCUGGAGUAUCCCAAAUGUGUAGAGAUUUAUUCCAAGCUAUCCUCAAAUGUAUAUCUAGAGAGGAGGGAAAAAAUGGUGAAGGAUUGCCUUUCAGCCCUCAUUUGGAGACUAAGCAUAAUUAAUACUAACAUCUCGCGCAUUUUAGAAAAUGUCAAUAUAUUAAUGCCCAAUGCAAAAGCUUGUGCUCUGGAAAAUUCUACCCUAGAAAUCUCCAUCCUUUGCUACCUCAUAUUUGUGGAAAAAAUAAAUGACUUUUGUUUCCCAAAAAUAUACUCAGAGUUAUAUCUCUUCAAUUUGAUGAUUCGAAAUAGCUACAAUUUACUUCUGUGCAUUCCGGAGGCAGAUGAGGAUGCUAAACAGAAUCUGUUAAUUAAGGCUUAUCACCUCAUCUGCCUUUGUGCCUUCCUAUCUAACGUUAUUCAGAGGAGAGAUGGAGCGGUGUUCUAUAAUAUUUAUAAUUUCAGAUGGAGACCCCUGGAAUUUUUACAAACUGUUCAUCGUACCAUUCAUGAUAAUAAGACUUUCAAAACGUAUUCCAAGACGGUCUACAACGCUGUGUGUAUCAUCAUGAGGAAUUUCAAAUGGGAUAUUUUGUACUCACUUUAUUAUAAGCUGCUGAAUGAGUCCCUCCCGGAUUACGCCAGGAGUUUAAUCGCCUCCUUCCUAAAGGACGAAAUGCACAAACAGAUGGUCCGUGUUGUUAAAAGGGUGGAAGCGACCAAACAGGAGUUCCAAAAAAAUGAAGACUUUGAAAAGUUGCUCAACCAGGCUGUCCAUACGCAGAGAAAUAAAUCGCCAACACAGGAUGCUGCCCCCCCCCUGGGGGAUACCACUCAGCUAGCCAAAAUAAAAGAAUUAGCUGAAGAAAUAAAUAAAUUGGGCGUGCAGGUAAAAAAUAUCAUCUACAUGCUUGUGAGCGAAGAGUCCGUGCUCCUCAACGUGGACGCCAUCACCGUCGUGCUGAACAUGAUCAAGAUGAUUCUGCUCAACAAAAAUUUGAAGCCCUUUUACCACUUCGUUGUGAAUGUGGAGCAACCCUCUGCUUGCUUUCUGCAGAGCAAAAUUAGACACUUCCACACCCAAAUUAAAUUGGAGAAGGCCAUACUGGAAAGGGAAAAGAAGGAAGACGCCAAUUCCAUUUUUUACACCAACAUGAAUGGGGACUCACGUAGUCGCGGCCCCGACCAGGAGGAGGUGACCUACCAGAACACGGACAUUAGCAUGAAUGAGCUGGAGAUCGUCGUUAUGCUCCUGGGAGAUGUCGAAGCGAGCAUCGACGGCAUGAAAGCGCGCGUCGAAAAGAUUGAGGUGCCACAGGGAUGA